CGGGCCAUCCGUUUCUGCAUCGGGCGGCGCACGGCCACCCCAAGCGCGCUCCCCGUGUGUUAUCCACGACUAGCGCCGUGCCCGGCGUCGGCCACGGCGGCGAUGGCGGCGGCCAGGCGCCUCUUCUCCUUCCACCUCGCCCUCCGCCCCCGCGAACCCGCACGCCCUCUCGCCACCGCUGCCACUGCCGUCGCGGUUCCGCACCGCCGCGGCAAGCACGAUGCGGUCGCCUGCAAGGCCACCGGGAAGCCCAAGCCCAAGGCGGGUAGCAAGGGCGGCGAGCAGCUGCGGAGGCGGCCGCUGGAGGAGCACCUCAAGCGACGCACGCGCUCCGCGGCCGCCUUCGACGCCGACCUGUACGGGCACCACGGUCACGCGCACCACGUGCCGGUGUUGCUCGGCGAGGUCCUCGCCGCCUUCCGCCGGCCCCGCCCGCUCCGCUCCUUCGUCGACUGCACCCUCGGCGCCGCCGGGCAUUCCCUCGCCAUGAUGGAGGCGCACCCGGAAAUGGAGCUGUACGUUGGCAUGGACGUCGAUCCCACUGCCCUGGAGAUCGGCUGUGGGCACAUUGAGGCCUUCCUUGCUAGUAGGGAAUCGAAUGGAGGGGAGCUGUGUGCCUACACUCACAUCAAGAACUUUAAGUACAUCAAGCAAGUUCUUGGUAGUGUGGACGAGAGGCUAGCUGUUGGCUCGUCUGGAGUUGACGGCAUCCUCAUUGACCUCGGCAUGUCAUCCAUGCAGGUAAACAGAUCAAAUAGGGGAUUCAGUGUACUCCAGGAUGGCCCUCUUGAUAUGCGCAUGGACCCUAAGGCAACUUUAAGAGCAGAGGAUAUCUUGAAUUCUUGGCCGGAGCUUGAAGUUGGACGUAUCCUGCGUGAUUACGGGGAGGAGAGCAAUUGGCAAUUCCUCCAGAAGCAAAUUGUUAAAGCCCGGGAAAUGGGUGGUCUGCACUCCACCGGGGAUCUUGUCAAACUAAUUCAAAGAAAGUGUACCAUCUCAAAAGGAAGGCAAGGCUGGAUCAAGACUGCAACAAGAGUGUUUCAGGCCCUCAGGAUUGCAGUUAAUGAUGAACUCCAGGUUCUUGAAGAUUCACUUCAUUCAAGCUUUGACUGCCUAGCGACAGGUGGCUGUCUUGCUGUAAUCUCGUUCCACAGUCUGGAGGACAGAAUUGUGAAAAAGACCUUCUUGGAGCUCAUCCAUGGGGGUGAAGCAGAUGGUGAAGAGGACGAUGAUGAUGACCUGACACUCCCUGACAUCGAUGAUGAAGAUGAACCAUGGUUCAGCCAGAGAGUGCAAGGAAGCAAUGGAAUCGUCCUUACGAAAAGACCAAUGACCCCUUCUCAAGAGGAGGAAAAACUAAAUCAGAGGUGCAGAAGUGCGAAGCUGAGAGUUAUCCGAAAGGCCUGAAUAAUUUAAGAUGGUUUUGCAGGAUUAAUGUGGAUGCCCACACAAAAAUUGUUGGAGCCAGUGCACAUGUGAAAUGAGACGGUCCCUUAUGUUAUGUACGCUGGCAACCACGCUCUGGAUCACCAGAAAAAAUUACCUCGACCAGACAAAACAGUAUCAUUUUUCCUCCACAUGAAACCUAGAGGCUUAGGUUAGUCAAAAAAAAAAUCUCACUGUAUCUGCAUCAGUUACUGAAAUUCAUCCAUGUGUAUCAUCAGCACAUGUACUCCAUCAGACCAUUACCUUGCAAGAUAAAAUAGCCAGUUUAUGGUUUCCUGUGACCCACUUAUCCA